AUGAGGUUACAAGACAUAUCAGCAAAAAACUUAAUCGUCAUUCCUGAAAAAAGAACCUUGCCGCUACUUUACAGCGAGAAAACAAAGGUAAAUAAACAAUCAGCUGGCCUGUUUAUUAAAUCAAACACAGAGGUGCAAUCGUCCGAUUUUAUGAAAGAACUGCGUAACAAAAUUAACCCAGCGGCGUUAGAUAUUCAAAUAAGUAAUACUAAAGUGGCGAAAAGCGGCAUAAUAGUUACAUGCGAUGGCGAAAAUUCCAAGGAGAAAUUAAAGAAAAGCCUAGAGGAUUGUUUUGGCGAACAAUUAACUGUAUCCGAUGCUAAUAAAUCUAGCGCAUGCUGCGCUAUAUAG